AUGUCUCAAAAUUUUGCAAUAAUUGGUGGUUUAAUAUUUUUGUGUUUAAGCACAUUUGUACAAAAUGAAGAUCAAUUUCUUACCGAUCCGCCAGAUUACAUCAAAACAUGCAAAAUCGCCGAGAAGAAUUUCGUGAACUGUUCAACGGAGAGCAUACAAAUGCUAUUUGACAAACUUAAUACUGGCAUACCGGGUUUGGAUACUAUCAAGAGCUUUGAUCCAUUUCUAUUGAAUCGCAUCAAAAUCACCCAGGGCAAUAGCAAUGCCAUAAAUCUUAAAGUGGAAUUGUCCAAUGUGAAGAUAGAGGGAUUUGGUCAUACCAAUGUGAUGGAGAGUAUGGUUUAUCCCAAAGAUUAUAGCUGGAAAACUAUUUUCAUGUUGCCUGAAAUGAAACUGAAAGGUGAUUAUAGCCUCUUUGGGCGUAUUCUAUUGAUACCUUUGAAUGGCAGGGGCGAAGUUUUCUUGGACGCAGAAAAUAUGACUGUCACUAUGCGUACCAAGACGCGACUCUAUUCCAAAGGUGGCUAUACAUUCUACAAUGUUACCAGCACAGAUGUGGACUUCAAAUUAGAUGGUCUUAGAUCAUAUUUUUCAAAUCUUUUUAAUGGACAAAAGCAAUUGGAGGACAGUACAAAUAAAUUCUUCAACGAUAAUUGGCGCAUGUUAACCGACGCCUUAUAUACAGUAAUCACCCAGACCAUUGAAGAUAUACUGCUCGAUGUGCUGCGAAAGAUUUUCCAUUAUAUACCGGCAAAUUUCUUUGUUGAAGACAUACCCACACCGGAGCAAUUGUAUGGCAAACAGAAACCAAAGAAAGUUUAA